AUGCAGGCUUUGACACCUACACCUGACCCGAACUAUGGAACCAUCGCUGAACUCAACGGCAACUUAGUUCAUGUGGAGAAUGAACAUAAUCCGUUAAUGGAAGAGCUUAGAAACAACAGUACACAUUUAUACCCUUCUAUCAGUGUCACGCCUUUGAAAAACGAUCCUGCUGACUUUGACAAUACUCAUUUAAUGGACGUCGACAGUAACUUUUAUGACGCUACAGUGAAGGACAUCAAAGCAGCUUUACGCAGCCAAUGGGACGAAAGACGCCCAAUGUUAGAAAGUCUACCGAUUUAUAAACCAGCUAAGCAACUAUUCGAUUACGUUUACAAAAACUACCUUCAAGAAAAUAACGCUAUGAAAGAGCACCUUCAAUUCGAAAGAGAACAAACCAAUGUAUUAAAAUGCCUAGCAUGGCAUCCUCACCAAGAUAGACUGGCAGUUGGACACGGCGAUAAUCAAGUCUAUGUCUAUGAAAAAUUGGAUAACAAUCUUUGGAUAUGUCAAGUAUUAUCUCAUCAAAAAAUGCAACAUAUUCGAUGUAUGGAAUGGAAGAGGAAUGCUGGCGGAACUCUAGCUGUUGGAUGUAAAGAAGGCGUUUGCGUCUGGAAAUUACCAAAGACAACGGCAGACGACCAACAACCAAAACAAACCAUAAGAUAUCAUCCUUCAGCUACUAUGCGCUAUUUAACGUACCACAACCAAAGUUAUAUCAGUUCCAUCGCAUGGGACCCAACACCGGGCAGUCAAUUACUAGCGACUGUCUCUGCCACUUCGAGUACACUCGUUGUUCAUGAUCUAUUAUUGAACCGUACCAUCCCCUUAAAACGCUACGGUAGAGGGGGCAAUCACAUUCUUCAAUGGAGCCCAAGUGGCGAAUGGCUGUUUGUCGGUGGAUCGGGCGGCAUUUCACGCUUAUGGGAUACAAGAAGCUGGGAUUCGCGACCUAUCAAUAAUCCCGCAGGCCUAUGGGUCCAAGCUGCUUGUUGGUCAGUGGACAGUCGAACCCUUUUCUACUCCAUGAGCGGGAAAAGUACGAUUCAUUUAUUGCACAUUACAGGCACUCCUGCUAAAUCAACCAUUAUAGAAAACGAAAUCUUAUCCAUGCCUGCAACUACCAUCAACAGCGUAUCUGGUACUCCUACUGAAGUAGGUGGCGUCAUUCGCGAUAUGUGUAUCGAUCCUAGAAAUGGUCAACGGUUAAGUGUAGCAUUUGAGAAUUCAGAAUUGAUCGCAAUAUACUCUGUUAAGCAGAUCACUCCAUCCAAUAUGCAUGAUCAUGAUAUGCUAUUAUCACUAACAUCGCUCAUCACUAACCAAGCACCCAUCUAUGUAUUUGCUAGCGGUUUUAUACGUGGAGCCAAUAUUGAUUGCAGCACUGAAUUAUUAUCUAUUAAAGCCUUGAAAGAUACAAAGCCUAUCUAUAUUUCAUAUUCAUCGACAUUCAAAGGGGGAGCUUUAUUGGCUAUUGCCUGGGAUAAUGGUUUGAUCAGCUUUGUGACACAGAAUUUUUUAACAGACGAAGAGGUCAGGAAGAGGAUCAUUUAA